AUGCCUGAGAUCAAAGUCCCUGUCGAGUCUAGUAUUGUCUUGCCAUCUAGCAAACAUCUUCCCACAUCCUCAAACGAUCAAAACCCAGUCCAUAGACCUGCCGACAUGAAAGGCGCUGGUAUCAACGGCGCCUAUGACAGUGGACACGAGUUCCUCAAUGGCAAUACUGAUCCUCUAACGAGCCGGGCCCCGGCCUGGACACCACAGAAGAAGCUCAAGGUGAUCACAGUCGGCGCUGGCUUCUCCGGACUGAUAUUCGCACAUAAGCUGCAACAUCAAUAUCCUGAUGUUGGAGCCUUGAUAGACCAUACUAUCUAUGAGGCGAGACACGAUGUUGGAGGAACAUGGCUGGUUAAUACUUAUCCUGGCAUUCAAUGUGAUGUUCCGGCUCAUAUCUAUGCAUUUCCAUUUGACCCCAAACCAGACUGGGAUAACUUCUACGCGUCUGGGGCUGAGAUCCAACAAUACAUCAAGAGCACAGUGAAAAAGUGGAAUCUUGAUCGUGAUGUCAAACUCAACCACCGAGUAACUGAAGCUAUCUGGCAAGAGAAAUCGAGUCAGUGGAAGCUGACGGUGGAAAAGAAUGGACAAGAAACUUUCAUCGAGUAUACCGACAUCUUGGUCUCCGGGCAGGGAGUACUUAACAAAUGGCGGUGGCCGAACAUCGAUGGCUUCGACAGCUUCAAAGGGCAUAAGUGUCAUUCGGCGUCGUGGGAUUCCAACUACGACUAUACCAACAAGAGAAUUGCAGUGAUUGGAAAUGGCUCAUCGGGAGUCCAGAUUGUGCCGAAGCUCGCUCAAUUGCCAGGAACCCACAUCCUUGCCGUUCAACGAAGUGCCAACUACGUCUAUAUGCCCCUGCCUCCUGCGGCACUGCUGGGCCGACAAGAUGAUGACCGGCCAAACCCGCCGUUCACCGACGAGGACAAGAAACGCUUUUCAGAGGAUCCCAACUUUCACCGCGAGUAUCGACGGAGGAUCAUUCACCAGAUCAACAGCGCCUUUCCCACUUAUAUCAAGGGAUCCGUCGAGAACAAAGCAGCCACUGAAGUUGCGCGUAAGCAGAUGGCGACUAAACUCCAAAACGAUCCUGACUUGUGUGCCAAACUGAUACCGACUUGGUCUCUUGGAUGUAAACGCAUCACGCCAGCUGAGGGGUUUCUAGAAUCCCUUCUGCGCCCCAAUGUCGAGCUAGUCAGCAGUGCAGUAACCACCGUGACAGAAAACUCGAUUGUGACGGCCGAUGGACGGUCUUUUGAAGUCGACGUGAUCGCAUGCGCAACAGGGUUCGAUGUCUCACUGCGGCCACAAUGGCGCAUGAUCGGUCGUCACGGUGUCGAUCUGGGCCAGGAGUGGGCGGUCGACCCUGAGUCGUACCUAUCGGUGGCGGCUCGAGACAUGCCAAAUUUCUUCAUGUUCCUGGGACCUAACGCCGUUAUCGCCCACGGGUCUUUGUUGGAGUCCAUAAACUGGACGGGAGACUAUAUCGUCAAGUGGCUCCGUAAGAUUGCCACCGAAAACAUCAAGGCCGUCACGCCCAAGACAAAGACAGUAGACGACUUGAUCCGAUAUGGUGACGGCGUCCAUCAGUCAUUAGUCUGGUCAGAGGGCUGCUCGAGUUGGUUCAAGCGAAAUACGGUUCACGGAAGAGUCACAGCAGCAUUUGCUGGAAGUGCCCUGAUGUUUCGACGGCUUAUUUCAGACAUUCGUGGCGAAGAUUUCGACAUCGAGUACGGAAGUGGUAACCAGUGGGCAUUCUUGGGUAAUGGCUUUACAAGCCUAGAACUGGACCCGGCCAACAAUUUGUCGUGGUAUAUUGAGAACUAG